GGAUAGAUAUACGCUUCAUUCGAUCGCGUGCCUUAGCGUCCCUUUUCGCGAGACAGCCGGCCCUAGCCCUCUCUCACGCGAAAUUCGCUGCCGGAGCUCCUCGCAGGCGAAUGUUCUACCGCCGGUGCUAUCCUCUGUGCCGAAGCACCUAUCUGAGGUUUUUUAGAGGGAGCAUUUGAUCUCUCUCCUGCGUCUGCCGAUUUUCGCACGGGUCUUUCGCUCACGCCUGCGACGAUCCGCCGGCCUCCUUCUACACCAGCGGCCAGCUCCCGCCGGACCCAGUCCUAUCUCACUUGAAACCUCAAUACGAAGGUUUCUUGGAGUUGGAUUUUGCAAUUGGAAUAUUUUUCCACAGCUCGAGUGUCUGCUGUGAAUUGAGCUAAAGUUGUUUACCAUUGAUCUCCCAAGGGUGAGUAAUAGUGAUGGGUCCUUUGCUCUGGAAAAGAAGCGAGCUUUUUUUCCUCAUUCUCUAUGCAGUGACAUUCUAUGUUAUUGUCAUUCAACGAACUCUGUACUUAUCCCAUGAUCAUUCUAGAGAACUUUACAGUCUUCGUCGAGGGUGGAUGUUUAAUCGCCUAAAUGACCUUUCUGAUGCACAAUGGAGAAACUUUCAUGGAAAUUUGCCUAUUCUUACCUUUGUUUUCGGAAUUUUCACUUUUGGAGCAAUUGCCUUGAGAAACCAAUUUAACUUGAAAGGGAGGGGGAUGUCAGUUGUCUGGUUUAUAAUGUCGUUGGCAUACAUAUUACACUUACAUGGAGCAUGUGUAGUGUUUGUCCUCUCAAUUGCUUCAGUGAACUUUUUCCUGGCAAAGAUUUUGGCAAAAUCAAAAUUUUACUUGUAUGUGCUCUGGUUUUUCAACAUAUCAGUUCUUUUGUUAAACCGCAUCUAUGAAGGAUACUCUUUCUCUUCAUUUGGGAAUCAAUGGGCAUUUUUGGACAAUUAUCGCGGCUCUUUUCGAUGGCAAAUCUGCUUUAAUCUUGUCGUUUUAAGAAUGCUGAGCUUUGGAUGCGACUAUCAUUGGUCAUUAAAGGAGACUCAGUUUGACCAAAAGAAGCACAUCAUUCAUUGCUCUAUUUGUUCUUCUGGAAAUUCGUGCUACCACCUUCUACAGGAAAAAAGGCUUCAUUUUUGCCAAUACUCAUUCAUCAAAUAUCUUGCCUACUUAAUCUACGCUCCACUUUACAUUGCUGGGCCAAUUGUGAGCUUUAAUGCAUUUGCUUCACAGCUAGACGCACCUAAGAAGCGUUACUCAGUUGUAAAUGUGAUUUUCUAUGGAUCAAGAUGGGUUCUUUGUUUUGGAUUAAUGGAAACAAUGACUCAUUUUUUAUAUUACAAUGCCUUUGCAAAUAGUGGCUUAUGGAGGCAAUUUUCACCCCUGGAGAUCUUCAUUAUUGGAUAUGGGGUCAUAAACUUUAUUUGGCUGAAAUUCCUACUUAUCUGGCGCUAUUUCCGGUUUUGGUCCUUGGUUGCAGGAAUCGAAACCAUUGAAAACAUGCCCAUGUGUCUCAAUAAUUGUUAUAGCUUGGAGACCUUUUGGAAGUCUUGGCACGCAUCUUUCAAUAAAUGGAUUGUUAGAUACAUGUACAUUCCUCUUGGCGGUUCUCAGAAGAAGCUCUUCAAUAUGUGGAUUAUCUUCACUUUUGUUGCAUUAUGGCAUGAUAUAGAGUGGAAGCUUCUUUUGUGGGCGUGGCUUACAUGUAUAUUUUUUAUCCCAGAAUUAGUGAUCAAAUCAUCCAUUUCUUCAUUUACGCCUAGAAGUGCUGCUGGCAAGUUUGUGCUUCGAGAAAUGAGCGCUGUAGCUGGGGCUGUUACCAUUACAUGUCUUAUGGUGGCAAAUCUCGUUGGCUAUGUUGUAGGACCUUCAGGAACAAGUUUGUUGAUUUCCCGGUUGUUUAGAAGGGAUGGCUUUCCUGUGCUGGUUUUCAUAUUUUUGUCAUUCUAUGUAGCAGUAAAGCUCAUGUUCCAUAUCAGAGAUAUUAAACAAAAUACCAAGUAAAGGCUGAAAGAUUUGGGCUCAUCGUCUUUGUAGCAUUUAUAUGAUAUUUUAUUGGUGUAUGAUGUAAUUGAAUGAGCCAAUAGUAGAAUGGUAAGCGAUAGAUCAUAUCUUAUGUGAACUAAGUUUAUAAGCAAUUAGGAGUUUUUUUUUUAAUUUACUUGAUGCUGAACUCAGAAAACAUUUUUCCAUACAUAUAUAUUUAUAUUC